UUGAGUCCCAGUAAACCAUAAACCAGCGCUAGCUAUCGAGCGGGUAGUUUUGCCGGUUCGGUGUUGCAUUGGUUUCCCUCCCAUUAUACGAGUUACCGUUACAGAUCUCUCACCAUGGACAGCGAGUUGUCUGACAUUGACCAUGCACCGGGGCCUGAGACCAGCAGUAUGGAGGGUGAGAACGCACCCCUGUACUGCAUCUGCCGGAAACCAGACAUCAACUGUUUCAUGAUUGGCUGCGAUAACUGUAAUGAGUGGUUCCAUGGCCACUGCAUUAACAUCACUGAAAAGAAGGCGAAAGCAAUCCGCGAAUGGUAUUGCACGAGAUGCAAAGAUAAAAACUCCUCACUGGAAAUAAAGUAUAGAACAAAGAAGAACCGAGAGAAGGAGGUCGAGUAUGACAGAGGAUCUGAUAGACAGUACAGCACCCCGAGUACUCCUGACUAUAAGAGUGAAAGGCGGCGUGGAUCAAAAGUGAAGCGUUCGGUGCGAAUGUGUGGCGAAUGUGAGCCCUGCAGAAGGACGGAGGACUGUGCCGUGUGUGACUUCUGCAAGGACAUGAAGAAGUUUGGAGGCCCCAACAAAAUCAGACAGAAGUGCAGGUUUAGGCAAUGUGAGGUUCGAGCCAGGAAAAUGCUGCGCGUGAAGGACGAGGAAAUGAAAGCAAGAAGAGAUAAUUCCUACCACAGACGGAGACUAUACUCGGACGACUACGACAGUGAGGCGGAUCUCUACCAGCAGUACAAGGCAUCGGGGAACAACAACAUGGCAUGGAAUAGCGAUGAAGACGACGAGCAGCCCUUCAGUCCCGUUGUGCGUAAGAAAGCUGUGAAGGUGAAGCACGUGAAGAGAAGAGAAAAGAAGUACGACAAGAAAAAGGAAUCACGGCGCCACAAGCAGAAACAGAAGCACAAAGACAAAACCAGAUACAGCGAGAAGGGCGAACUCCGGGACAACACUGGACAGCGUCAGUGUCUGGGACCCAGCUGUGUGGAGACAACAAAACCCAACUCCAAAUACUGCUCUGAGGACUGUGGCAUGAAGCUGGCUGCCAAUCGGAUCUACGAGAUCCUCCCUCAGCGUAUCCAGCAGUGGCAGCAGAGUCCCUGCAUCGCCGAGGAGCACGGUAAGAAGCAGCUGGAGCGCAUCCGCCGGGAGCAGCAGAACGCCCGGCUGCGCCUCACGGAGAUGGAGCGACGCUUCCACGAGCUGGAAGGCAUCAUCGCCAAGGCCAAGCAGCAGGCGGCGCAGCAGGACGAGGAGGCGAAUGAAGGCGACAGCGAGGACACGGACCUGCAGAUUUUCUGUGUGUCUUGUAGUCAUCCCAUCAAUCCCAAAGUGGCCCUGAGACAUAUGGAGAGAUGUUACGCAAAGUAUGAGAGUCAGACCUCCUUUGGCUCCAUGUACCCGACAAGGAUAGACGGAGCAACCCGACUCUUCUGUGAUGUGUACAAUCCCCAAAGCAAAACCUAUUGUAAGAGGCUGCAGGUUUUGUGUCCAGAACAUUCCAGAGAUCCUAAGAUCUCACUGGAUGAGGUGUGUGGAUGUCCUCUCGUGAAGAAUGUGUUUGAGCUGACCGGAGACUACUGCAAGGUCCCCAAAAGGAAGUGCAACAAGCAUUACAACUGGGAAAAGCUGAGGAGAGCAGAGGUGGACUUGGAGCGAGUCAGGGUGUGGUACAAGUUGGACGAGCUCUUCGAACAGGAACGCAAUGUCAGGACCGCGAUGACUAACAGAGCCGGUCUGCUCGCUCUGAUGUUGCACCAGACCAUUCAACACGACCCUGUGACGACCGAUCUCCGUAGCAACAAGGAUAGGUAGUCAACCUGGACGGCACCUGUUCUCUGAUCGGUGGGCCACUGUGGAUAUUUGAGUGUAGAGGAUUUAACAGUUCCUACACUUUGGAUUAAAUCUGAUUUUCUAACUAGAUAAUUAUUUUUAAAUGUUUGUAUGAUAAUUAACUGUAUAUGGUAAAUGAUAUAUAUUUUUUUGUGACUGUGGUAGAUGACUUACUGCCGUUGAAAACAGCUGUUUUCGGUAUGAUUGCCACAAAUAAACACCGUAAACUUG